AUGUCGAGAUCGUUACUAUCUCGAUUAAGUGGGUUGAGCCUACGCUCAAGCAAGAGAUACUUUAGCUACACGCCGGCUGCAAGUGAAGAAAUAAUCGUCACCACUACAUCGACAACCACAACUACAACCACCACCACAGAAUCCACAAACAACAAUGUCACUUUUGAUGAGCAACUUCCACGCACUAAUUCAUUCAGCAGAAACCAUAAGCCCACUCAAUCAUAUUUGCCUCAUCAAGUGACUGAGAACUUGACUGUGUCUGAAUUAAACAAAAUACGUACAACUCCCACUUUGAUGACAUUUUAUGGCGGAAAUCCCAUACAUGAAAGCAAUAUGAAUCACUUGAGGAUGUUGUUGCGUAAAUAUCAAUAUUUACCAACUAAACCACUCAGCGAUGAGGAAUUGCAGAGUAGGAAAUUUUUAGGGUAUGAAGCUUACAAGGAACGUACACAAUCAGGAACAAGAGUAAAGAAAAUCCAUUAUCGAGAUUUGAUAUCGAGUUUGAAUCGAUUGAGAACCAUUGAUUCCCAAUUGAUGCCCGUUGAAGUUAUAAAUACAUUGAAUAGUUACUACUCCACGUCAAUCAACAAGACAGCCAUGAGUAAGAAAAUCAAACAAUUGGAUGAAUUUGGUCGUGCCAAGGCUCAAGCAAAGAGGAAAGCAGCAUUAGCUAAAAUCUACUUGGUUAAGGGUGAUGGAUCAAUCUUGAUCAAUGGUAAAAGCGCAGUUGAAUAUUUCACAAAUGUUUAUGCUAGAAAGAAUUUGGUGUACCCUUUCCAAGUAGUUGAACAAGAAGGCCAAUACAAUGUAUUUGCUGAAGUAAGUGGUGGUGGAUAUACUGGUCAAAGCGAAGCUGUCAUGUACGCCAUAGCUAAAGCUCUUGUUGUUUUCAAUCCAUUAUUGAAACCUAGAUUGUCUAAAGCUGGAUUGAUGACCAGUGAUGCAAGAGUCGUUGAGAGAAAGAAGCCAGGUAAGGUCAAAGCUAGAAAAUCGCCAACUUGGGUCAAACGUUAG